AUAUCCAAGUGGGCGACGGCUGGUGACACGCCCAUAUCACAACACACACAAACACAAUUCGAAACACUGAGCAAUGACUACCCCGAGGAGCCGGAAAGGCCCCACACAGAGGGAGAAGGACGAGCUGGAUUGCGUGACUGGCGAUGCCAGGGAGCAGCAAAUCUCGCGGAUACCCCGCGAGCUGGACAACUUCUGGCGCAUGGACCCGCGCUUUCCCACCGGCCUGCACAACGGCCACGCCUGCCUCGGCUCGAAUCUUAUAAACAAAUCGCUGGGCUUCAGCGACUACGAGCGGCGGGUGCUCUCCAUCAACGGCAUGCUGCCGGUGGCGGUGCGCACCAUGGACGAGCAGGUGGUCGCCUGCAAGAUGGUGCUCGACCAGAUGACCACCCGCACGCAGAAGUACAUGUAUCUGCACAAUCUUGAGUGCACCAAUCGGCGGCUUUUCUACCGCCUGCUGCAGAGCGACUGGGACACCUAUAUGCCCGUGCUGGACAGCUCGCAUUCGGACUUUCUGCUCAAGAACUUCAGCCUGUUUUACCAUCGUCCCCAGGGCAUGUACAUAACAAUCAAGGAUCUGGGUCACGUGGGUCAGGUGCUCAGGAAUUGGCCCCGUCGCGCCGUUCGCUGUGUGCUAGUGACCAACGGCGCCUGCCUUCUCAGCGUCGGUGACUUCGGGAUCAAUGCAAUGGCCAAUAUAAUGUCCAAGCUAUAUCAGAACGUCGUCUUGGGGGGCAUUCAUCCGGACUUCUGUCUGCCCCUGGUGCUGGACGUGGGCACCGACAACGAGGACCUGCUCCAGGAUCCCCUCUACAUGGGUCUGCGGGAGCAUCGUACGUCCCGCUCAAACUUCUACGCGCUCUUCGACGAAUUCGCCCUCUCCGUGCUGCAGCAGUUCGGCCCUCGGACCAUCAUCUUAUGCAAGAACUUUGACGCCCACAAUGCCAUCCACCAGCUGAAGAAGUACAGAGAUCUGCAGUGCUUGGUGGACAUAGAAUUCCAGUGCCAGGGGGCCUGCGGUCUGUCCGGCGUGAUUGUGGCUAAUCGCCUAAAGAGAAUGGAGUUCAAGAGCAACACGUUCCUAUUCUACGGCACCAAUCCCAUGAACAUUGGCAUGGCCCGCCUCUGCCUCGUCUUAUUCAAGCAGGAAGGCCUCAUCGAGGACGCAGCCCAUCAGCGGAUCUGGUUCUUCGAUGAAAAGGGCCUGGUUGUGGGCAAUCGACAAGGCCCGCACAUACCAGAGGUACUGCAGGAGUUUGUCAAUUAUGGAGAUCCGACCGAUGAUCUGGCGAUGGCAAUCGACCUGAUCCGACCCAAUGUCCUGGUCGGUGCAGGCUCCCAGCCAAAUGCCUUCACCAAGGAGGUACUUCGCGCCAUGGAGCGGAGCGCCGAGCAGCCCAUCAUCUUUGCCAUGUCGCGGCCCAUCGAAAAUGCCGAGUGCUCCGCAGAGGAUGCCUUCACCUACACCAAGGGUCGCUGCAUCUUCAUCUCGGGCUCGUCGAUUCCGCGUGUGAAGUAUGCCAACAAAUGGUAUCAGCCGGGACGCAGCAACAGCGUCUACCUGCAGCCGGGCAUUUCGCAGGGCAUCCUGCUCUCGGGGAUGAACAACGUGCCGGAUGAGACCUUCCUUGUGGCCGCCGAGCGCCUGGCCUGCCUCGUCUGGCCAGACGACCUGGCCCAGCGCAAUGUCUAUCCACCGAUGCGGAAGGUCCAGUGCAUCAAUCAGCGCAUCGCCGAAGCCGUAUUCGCCUACGCCUUCCGGAAGGGCCUGGCCACGCUCUUUCCGGAGCCGGAAAAUCCCACCGAGUACAUCAAGAGAAACGCGUACGACUCCAGCUAUCGGACGGUGGCCAGCAAAGUGUACUGCAUGGAGGAGAGUGUAAUUGCCACAACCGAAUCCAAGAAGUACUACAAGCACAAAAUAUAGAUCGAGCAAACGGCUGUAUGCCUACAA